UAUAGCUUGUGUGGCUUAACCGGAAGGCAAUGCUCAAACUUCUGAUUACAUAAAUACCUUAAAGUUAUAAUCUUAUGUCGUUUCCCGCCAAAUAUUAGUUCGGUUGCAACAAAAAUGUGUUGGUCCUCUAACUACUGUAGUGGCUUGCUCAAACUUUGCUGCGAAACUCAAAACCAAGCGCUAGCAAAGAAGCUCCAUGGCCACAUUGUCAGAAACUUGACAAACCCAGAAAUCUUUCUUUCCAAUAAACUCAUCGACGCGUACGGGAAAUUGGGUAAGGUGAGAUAUGCGCGCCACUUGUUCGAUCAAAUGCCUCAAAGAAAUCUUUUCUCGUGGAAUACCAUUCUCUCCGCUUAUUCGAAAUCUGGUUAUCUUUCUGAGAUGCAAGAGAUCUUUGAUCGAAUGCCAUCUCGUGAUGGAGUCACUUGGAAUGCGCUUAUUUCCGGGUAUGCUUCUUCUGGUUCAGUGGCUCAGACUGUAAAGGUUUAUACUUUGAUGUUAAGUGAUGGAACCGUUAAUUUGAACCGGAUUACGUUCUCGACGAUGCUUAUGCUCGCGUCGAGCAAGGGUUGUGUAGACUUGGGCAAGCAGGUUCAUGGGCACGUAGUGAAAUUUGGGUUCGAGUUGUACUUAUUUGUUGGUAGUCCUUUGGUGGACAUGUACUCAAAAGUGGGCUUAGUAUAUGAUGCGAAGCGGGUUUUUGAAGGGUUGGAGGAGAAAAAUGUGGUUGUGCAUAACACAAUGCUUGCAGGGCAUUUACGGUGUGGAUUGAUGGAAGACGCGGAGUGUUUAUUUCGUAGAAUGCGGGAAAAAGAUUCGAUAUCUUGGACUACGAUGAUUACUGGGCUCACCCAGAAUGGUUUUUGCGGAGAGGCGCUUAACAAGUUUGGAGAAAUGAGAUUGGAAGGUUUGACAAUGGAUCAAUUUACAUUUGGUAGUGUAUUGACUGCAUGUGGGGGACUGUUGGCCUUGGAAGAAGGCAAACAAAUUCAUGCUUUUAUAACUAGGACAUAUCCUAAGGAUAAUGUGUUUGUGGGGAGUGCUCUUGUUGACAUGUAUUGCAAGUGUAAAAGCAUAGAAGCGGCUGAAUCAGUGUUCAAGAGAAUGCUGCACAAGAAUGUAGUUUCUUGGACUGCAAUGGUAGUUGGUUAUGGCCAGAAUGGAUACAGUGAAGAGGCUGUACGAAUCUUUUGCGAUAUGCAGAGAAAUGGGGUUGAACCAGAUGAAUUUACCUUGGGAAGCGUAAUUAGCUCUUCUGCAAACCUUGCUAGCUUAGAAGAGGGUGCUCAGUUUCAUGGCCGAGCGACAGUUUCUGGCUUAAUUUCUUUCAUUACAGUUCCAAACGCACUUAUUACAUUGUAUGGAAAAUGUGGAAGCAUAGAAGACGCCCAUAAGCUAUUCAAUGAAAUGAAAAUAAGGGAUGAAGUCUCUUGGACUGCAUUGGUAUCAGGGUAUGCCCAGUUUGGAAAGGGCAAUGAGACAAUUGCUUUGUUUGAAAGAAUGUUAUCCCAUGGCUUGAAACCCGAUGGGGUUACUUUCAUUGGCGUUCUUUCAGCUUGUAGUCGAGCAGGUCUAGUGGAGAAAGGGCGUCACUAUUUUGAAUCUAUGGUGAAAGCACAUGGAAUUAAACCAGUUCUUGACCACUACACUUGCAUGAUUGACCUUCUCAGUCGAGCUGGAAGGUUAAAAGAAGCAAAAGAGUUCAUAACUAAAAUGCCUUGUAAGCCUGAUGCAAUUGGUUGGAUCACCUUGCUGAGCUCUUGCCGGACUCAUCGAAACAUGGAGAUCGGGAAGUGGGCAGCUGAGUCUCUUCUGGAAUUAGAACCCCAUAAUCCUGCAAGCUAUGUCUUGCUCUCGAGCAUCUAUGCUACUAAAGGAAAAUGGGAAGAUGUGGCAAAGUUAAGGAGAGAUAUGAGAGAUAAGGGGGUGAGAAAGGAACCAGGGUGUAGUUGGAUUAAAUAUAAGGGCAGAGUACACAUUUUCACAGCCGAUGACUGGUCAAACCCAUUUUCAGAUCAAAUAUAUGCUGAACUGGAAAAACUAAAUGGAAAAAUGAUAAAGGAGGGUUAUGUGCCGGAUAUGAGUUAUGUUCUUCAUGAUGUUGAGGAAUCCAAGAAGAGGACAUUGAUUAACUAUCACAGCGAAAAGCUAGCGAUUGCUUUUGGGUUGAUACUUAUUCCGCCUGAAAUUCCCAUACGGGUUGUCAAAAACCUUAGAGUUUGUGGUGAUUGUCACAAUGCCACUAAAUAUAUUUCUAAGAUCACUAAGAGAGAGAUACUUGUAAGAGAUGCGGUUCGUUUCCAUUUAUUCAAAGAUGGGGCGUGUUCUUGCGGCGAUUUCUGGUAAUGAUCGGAAGAUCAGGAGAGUGACCAAAAAAGUUUUGAUUAGUACAUUCAUUUGAUGUGU